AAAAAUGUAUCAAAAGCUUUUUGACAUCUCAUACAGUUUUCAUAUAGUAAUGGUCAGAAGACGUUUUUAUUCAAAGUGACUUGCUGUAAUAACACCAGCUUUUCUUUUCUUUUCUUUUAAUUAAAAAUUUUCAUUUAUUAUUAUUAUUUUUUUUUUUUUCUGAAGAAAAGGAUUCCAUUUGCAUUUCCAAGGAAUCCAGCACGGAUGACACGCCUCGUAUUUACGCACAGUUACAUUAUCCAAAGGCUGUCCUCUAAUGUAGGCGGAGUUUGAGAGAACUCUAUAUUUAAGAGGCAAACAUCUAUUAUUUCCAGCACCGUGCGAGAACGUUGCAGGGUACACGAUUGGUAACUUGGACCCCACGGAUCCACGGACUGGUCAUUCACCUUCAACCGUUUACAAAUCCACCUGUUCAUUUAACAUUUAAGAAUGUUGAAAGUGACAUUAGGCCUCGCUCUGGUGACUCUGGUUGCUUGCUCGCAGUGUCCCAACGAUGAAGUCUGUGAGGCAGGCCAGACAUGCUGCCAGGAUCCCACCGGAGAGUUCAGUUGCUGCCCAUUCCAUCACGGAGAGUGUUGUGAGGACCACCUGCACUGCUGUCCUGAAGGCAUGCUGUGCAGUGUUGUGGACUCCACGUGUAUAAAUGCCACACAAACACUGCCAUUUGUGGAGAGGAUCCCGGCUAAACGGACCGACCUUCCCAAAUCGUUCAGAAUGAUUCCCUCAUUACCUGCAAGUGAAGAUGACAUCACCUGUCCUGAUGGCUCCUUCUGUCCUGCUGAGUUCUCCUGUCUGCUGAUGGCUUCAUCAUAUGGGUGUUGUCCCGUAGCACAGGGCCUUGUGUGCUCAGAUGGGAAGCACUGCUGCCCAAAAGACCAUGAAUGCAGUGCAGACAGCAGUUUGUGUGUCAAACUAAAAGAACCAGUCGAGACUGUUCUUUGUGGAAAUGGGACCUCAGAGUGUCCCGUGGGCACCACAUGUUGUGAGACAGAAGAUGGUCAGUGGGCAUGCUGCCCCAUGCCAAAGGCUGUAUGUUGUGAUGAUAAAAUCCACUGUUGUCCAGAGGGCAGUGUCUGUGAUGUUGUAGGCUCUAAAUGCAUGUCCACCAAUCAGGAGCUGCCAAUGUGGGCCAAGUUCCCUGCUCGUCUUAGAGCUGAAUGGGAAGAUCACAAACCUACAGAAAUGAGGUCUGAAGCUGAACUCACUACAACCAGACAAAACACUACUGCUGGCAUCCAAAUGACUACACUGGCUGGUGCACUCCCAGAGACCUCUGAUGUUCCCUGCAAUGACACUGUGGCCUGUCCAGAUGGAAACACAUGCUGUAAGACUAAAGGAGAAUGGGGCUGCUGUCCUCUGCCACAGGCUGUGUGUUGUGAUGACUUUAUCCACUGCUGUCCUCAUGGUUCGACAUGUAACGUUGCUACCGGGUCUUGUGACGAAUCUUCAGGCUCUAAGCCCUGGUUCGAGAAGCUGCCCGUCAAACCAAUCAGCAGUCAGAAUGUGACUGUUACACAAGUGCAUUCAAAUGUUUCCUGUGAUGACACCAAAUCCUGUCCAGAUGGAAACACAUGCUGUAAGACUCAAGAAGGAGGAUGGGGCUGCUGUCCUCUGCCACAGGCCGUGUGUUGUGACGACUUUAUCCACUGCUGUCCUCAUGGUACGACAUGUAACGUUGCUGCCGGGUCUUGUGACGAAUCUUCAGGCUCUACACCUUGGCUAGAGAAGGUGCCUGCUCUCCCUAGAGCAGGUCAAAGGUCACCUGGGAACGUGAACUGUGACUCUAGCCAUGUUUGUCCUGACUCCAACACUUGCUGUAAGAACAUCGAUGGAGACUGGAGCUGCUGUCCUUUGCCUGAGGCUGUGUGUUGUAAGGAUAGGUUCCACUGCUGUCCACACGGCACCAUUUGUGACUUUGUAACACUCACCUGCAAUAGCAACACCACAUCUGUACCUAUGUCAGACAUAAUCCCGCCCUCAACUAAGGAGGAGCCGAAACAGCAUGAGGAGGUGAAAGAGAGAGUGGGGAAGUACAAUAGCAGGGUUCUGUGUGAUGCACAAAUGUCCUGUCCUGAUCACACUACUUGCUGUCUUAUUGCACAAACCAACAAAUGGGGCUGUUGCCCUCUGCCUAAUGCUGUGUGUUGCACAGAUGGUGCACACUGCUGUCCAGCUAACUAUAAGUGUGAUGUGACCAAGGUGUCUUGCAUCAAGGGUGAUGUGGUGAUCCCCUGGUACAAUAAAAUUUCUGCUCAAAGCACACCAGCUCCAAGCUUGGAUCUUGGUGCUGUUGAGUGCGACGAGCAGUCGAGUUGCCCUGCAGAUUCAACCUGCUGUUAUCUAUCCACGGGAGAAUGGGGCUGCUGCCCUCUUCCUGAGGCUGUUUGCUGCCCAGACCAGCAGCACUGCUGUCCCAAAGGCUACAGGUGUGAUCUGCGUAGACGCUCCUGCAUUAAAACCACCUGGCUGCAUGUGGAAAUAGUCCCACUUGCCCACAUUGGUGGCCAAACACUACAGUCGAGUGUCUCAGAAAAGGACAUUCAGUGUGGAGGUGGAUAUAGUUGCAAAGACAGUGAGACCUGUUGCCCAACCUCCCAGACCACCUGGGGCUGUUGCCCAUCUCCAAAGGCGGAGUGCUGUGAUGAUAUGAAACACUGCUGCCCUGCUGGAUACAAAUGUGGCGAGGGUGGAGUUUGUACUUCAGCUUUAGGCUUUAACUGGAACAGCUGGAACAACUGGAGGGUGUUCUUCUCCAAAAAGAAACGAGCUAGUACUCUGUAAAAAAAACACAACAAAAAAACACCAGGGUUGUUCCCACUCAGUGGCGUAAAUGGCCAACACUCCCUAAGUUGUCAGAUUUUUAAAAAUGUUACAUUUAUCAAAGCACUAAUCAGAAACAGUCAGACAUUUUAUUUGCAGGAGGUUUAUUAGGGCUGAAUGUGAUGGUUAAUAUCUGUUCCCAUUGUCUACACUGAGCAAUUUUACACUGUACAUUUACACUACUGUCCAUUUUAAGAAUGGGUCAUUAUAAUUGUACACUUUUCAUAAUUUUUGAUGGUUUCCAGUGUUUUGGUUACCGUUCAGUUUAUCUGAAGAAUAAUUUGACUAUGGAAUGAUAAAAAGAUGAAACAUAUUGAAGCAUAGAUGGCCUCUAGUGGCUGGAUUUAAAUCACACGUCUGUCAUUUUAAGUUGCCAUGUACAAAUAUCACAGGCCUCUUUGGUUUACAGGUUACAUUUUUUCAGACUUGACAUCACGUGAUCUUGUGUCUUGUGAUUAUGACCGCAUUGCCCUGGACAAGGAAACAUGUUAAACUGGUCUCUUCAGAUAACAAACAUCACCUUUUCUGUGUAACUUCCUUAUUGCAGCUCUUUACCAUUAGUUGUGUAAUUGUUUUAUUGAUUUAAGUGCUGGUUUUUAACAGUUAUAUUGAUUGAGCGUUGUGAAAGAUAACUAAAUUAUUUCUUGAGGAAAAAUGUGACCAAUCUGAAACCUUGACAGCUCUAAAAAAAUAAAUAAAAGAGGGAUAAACGAAAA